AUGGGGGAAUGGAGCAGCCCUCUGGACAGCCCCAGAAACUUCUCCCCCAACACGGCAGCACACUUCUCCUUCGUUCCAGCUCGCAGGACGGAUGGCAGACGCUGGUCUCUGGCCUCACUUCCCUCCUCUGGAUAUGGCACUAACACACCCAGCUCCACUGUCUCAUCAUCCUGUUCAUCCCAGGAGAAGCUGCACCAGCUGCCCUUCCAGCCCACGGCGGACGAGCUGCACUUCCUCACCAAGCACUUCAGCUCCGAGAGCAUCACAGACGAGGAUGAACGACACUCGCCCAUGCGCCCCCGCUCACGCAGCCUCAGCCCUGGUCGCUCACCCAUCUCUUUUGACCAUGAGGUCGUCAUGAUGAACCAUGUCUACAAGGAGCGCUUUCCCAAGGCCACGGCUCAAAUGGAGGACCGUCUGGCUGACUUCCUGUCGUCCUCGGCCCCUGACAAGGUGAUGCCCCUGGCCGACGGGGUCCUCAGCUUCAUCCAUCACCAGGUCAUAGAGCUGUCCAGAGACUGCCUGGUUAAAAGCCGAGAGGGCUGCAUCACGUCACGCUACUUUUACGAACUGCAGGAGAACCUGGAGAAACUACUGCAAGAUGCUCACGAGCGCUCGGAGAGUGUGGAGGUUACCUUCGUCACCCAGCUGGUUAGGAAGCUGAUGAUCGUCAUCGCUCGCCCUGCACGCCUGUUAGAAUGUCUGGAGUUUGACCCAGAGGAGUUCUACCAUCUUUUGGAAGCAGCAGAGGGCCAUGCCAAGGAGGGCCAGGGCAUCAAGUCAGACAUUCCCCGUUACAUCAUCAGCCAACUGGGUCUCACCAGAGAUCCUCUGAAGGAGAUGGCGCAGCUGAGCAGCUACGACAGUGGGAACCCAGACACACCAGAGACAGACGACGCUGUGGAUAGUCGAGGGCCCACCGUGCCUGUAGUAGCUCCCCCUAAAACCAAAGCCCCACGGGAGGAGGACUUUGAGAACAUCAAGCUCAUCAGCAACGGGGCCUAUGGUGCUGUGUUUCUGGUGCGCCACAAGGAGACCCGUCAACGUUUUGCCAUGAAGAAGAUCAACAAGCAGAAUCUCAUCCUGAGGAACCAGAUCCAGCAGGCCUUCGUAGAGAGAGACAUCCUCACCUUUGCUGAGAACCCCUUCGUGGUCUCAAUGUUCUGCUCCUUCGAGACACGCAGACACCUCUGUAUGGUCAUGGAGUAUGUGGAGGGUGGUGACUGUGCCACCCUGCUGAAGAACAUCGGAGCUCUGCCCGUGGACAUGGCACGCAUGUACUUCGCUGAGACCGUACUGGCACUGGAGUACCUCCACAACUACGGCAUCGUACACAGAGACCUGAAACCUGACAAUCUUCUGAUCACGUCGAUGGGCCACAUCAAGCUGACGGACUUUGGGCUGUCUAAGAUCGGUCUGAUGAGCCUCACCACCAACCUGUAUGAAGGACACAUAGAGAAAGAUACCAGGGAGUUCCUGGAUAAACAGGUGUGUGGUACACCAGAGUACAUCGCCCCAGAGGUGAUCCUCAGACAGGGCUAUGGGAGGCCAGUAGACUGGUGGGCCAUGGGGGUCAUCCUCUACGAGUUCCUGGUGGGCUGUGCCCCUUUCUUUGGAGACACACCUGAGGAGCUCUUUGGACAGGUCAUCAGUGAUGAGAUCAUAUGGCCAGAGGAGGAGGAGGCUCUUCCUAACGAUGCCCAGGACCUCAUCUCUAAACUCCUCAGACAGAACCCUCUGGAGAGGCUGGGCACAGGUAGUGCAUUUGAGGUGAAGCAGCAUCGGUUCUUCUAUAAUCUGGACUGGAACACUCUGCUGAGACAGAAGGCAGAGUUCAUCCCUCAGCUAGAGUCAGAGGACGACACCAGCUACUUUGACACCCGUUCAGACAGGUACCACCACUUGGACUCUGAAGAUGAAGACGACACCAAUGAUGACGAACACGUAGAGAUACGUCAGUUCUCCUCCUGCUCGCCCCGCUUCAGCAAGGUGUACAGCAGUAUGGAGCGUCUAUCCCUCCAUGAGGAGAAGAGGACCCCCCCGCCCACCAAGCGCAGCCUCAGCGAGGAGGGAGGAGAACGCAUUGACAGCCUCAGUAGUCUCAAGUCCAGAGACCGCGCCUGGCUGGUGGGGUCACCUGAGAUCCUGCGUAAGCGUCUGUCUGUCUCAGAGUCGUCCCACACCGAGAGCGACUCCAGCCCUCCCCUGACGGUGCGAAGACGCUGCUGCUCUGCCAUCAUCGAGAUGCCACGCUUCGCCAUCUCCUCAGAGGAGGAAGCAGGGGUGGCCCCCAGCCAUAGGAGCUCCAGCCUGCUCAGCCAGACCCCCGGUGGAGUCAGGGGCCCCCGCAGCGAGGACCUGCCCCUCUCCAUCCCUGAGCUCCCCGUGGAGAGAGAGCUGAAACUGGACGAGUCCCCCACAACACCAGACUCUACAGCCAGCCAGCUCAGCAAAGCCACACUCACACCGGGCAGUUCAGGAGAUGUGUGGGAGCGUGGUUCAGGGGCAGACAGCUCUCCCUCUACCCCUAAGGCCAUCAGUGACCUGGCAGCUAGGAGGGCCCGUCACAGACUGUUGUCUGGAGACGCAGACAAACACGCCCAGUCCAGACCACUCAACAAGGUCAUCAAGUCAGCCUCCGCUACCACUCUCUCACUCAUGAUUCCUGCUGACCACCACGGGGCCUCCCCAUUGGCCAGCCCCAUGUCACCCCACUCCUUCUCGUCCAAUCCCUCGUCCAGAGACUCCUCCCCCAGUAGAGACCUGUCCCCAGCCGUGGCCAACAUCAAACCCGCCAUCAUCAUCCACAAGGCCGGCAAGAAGUACGGCUUCACCCUGCGAGCCAUCAGGGUGUACAUGGGGGACACAGACAUCUACACAGUACAUCACAUGGUCUGGCAUGUAGAGGAGGGUGGUCCAGCCCAUGAUGCAGGCCUGAGAGAAGGAGACCUCAUCACUCAUGUGAAUGGAGAGGCUGUCCACGGCCUGGUGCACACUGAGGUGGUGGAACUCGUUCUCAAGAGCGGUGGUAAGGUGUCCAUCUCUGCCACGUCCUUUGAGAACACUUCCAUCAAGCUGGGCCCCGCCCGCAAGACCGGCUCCAAAUCCAAGAUGGCGCGUCGCAACAAGAAGACCAAGACCAAAGAUAGCAGCCAGGAAAGCAGUAGUAAGAAGAGGAACUCUCUGUUCAGGAAGAUCACAAAGCAGGCGUCUCUUCUCCACACCAGCCGUAGCCUCUCCUCUUUAACCCGCUCUCUGUCCUCUGGAGAGAGUGGACCUGGGUCCCCCACUCACAACCUGUCCCCUAGAUCACCUACACAGGGUUACCGGUCCACACCUGACUCUACACACUCUGUAGGGGGUAACUCGUCUCAGAGCAGCUCUCCCAGCUCCAGUGUUCCUAACUCCCCAGCCAGCUCCGGUCACAUCAGGCCAAGCUCCCUCCACGGCCUGGCCCCCAAGCUCCAGCGCCAAUAUCGCUCCCCUCGCCGCAAGUCAGCCGGCAACAUCCCUCUAUCCCCCCUGGCCCGCACCCCUUCCCCAACCCCACAGAGCACCUCCCCCCAGCGCUCUCCCUCCCCCCUGUCCAGCCACGGACUGGGCUCCACCUCUAUGGGCCAGACCUUUCCCGUCAAGCUCCACUCUUCCCCCCCUUUGGUCAGACAGAUCUCCAGGCCCAAGAGUGCUGAACACCCCCGCUCCCCACUGCUCAAGCGAGUCCAGUCUGCUGAGAAGCUAGCCUCCUCCCUCUCCUCCUCGUCGUCCUCCCCCUCUCCAUCAGGCGCCGGAGGCGACAAGAAGCUGCCUGUAACAGUGACAGGGCGUAAACACAGCCUGGACAUCUCCCACCAGGAGUUUAAGAAGGAGAUGCUUCAGAGAGACCCCAGUCUGCAGAGCCUCCAGGAAUCAGCUGGGGAGAGAGAGAGCCUGCUGCUGGGUGUGGGGCCUGGGAUAGGGGGCCGUGGGGGUCCAGUGGAGAAGGGCAGCCUGCAAAAACCCUCCUCCAGCAGGAAGCUAGGACGUCAGGAGGGGGACGGAGGGUCGACUGCCGGGUCCCUGGGGCUGGCCCCCGGGAAGAGCAAACUGAAGGACAAGCUGUCAGCCAUCAGACAGGACCGGGCUGAGAGGAGGGAAUCACUACAGAAGCAGGAUGCUAUCCAUGAGGUGGACUCAUCAGAGGACGAGACAGACGAGGGGUCGGAGGACAGCCAGGACGGGAGGGGCAGGAACACCUGCACCUUUACCCCCCCACUGCUCCGCCCCACCUCCGUCAUGCCCACCGCCCCCCGUACGGGACCCGGGGGCACCCUCCCCUCCCUCUGUCUGUCCCCCUCCUCCACCCUGCUGCCAAGCAGAGCCACCAUACCCUCCACACUCCACGAACACAAGCCCACUCAGAGUGGUCCUUCGCUGGGAGGGAAAGACGGCGGCUCAGCCUCCUCGGAUGACUGUAGGCGGAGAGAUGGGAAGACUCCAGACCCCAGCAGCAAGUUCACCCAGAACCCCCUGUCCAGCACCUUCGCCACCCUCGGCAGUGCUUUCAUCUCCGUCAGCAAGGACACCUUCCUGAAGCCUGCUGCUUCAUCUCCACAUCAGGACUGGAGGAGCCCCAAGUUGCUUGAGCCCAGGGGGAAGAGCAGUAGUUUAUGGAGCGAGGAGAGAGACUCUGGCCUGGAGGCCCCCAGAUCCAGCCCCACUGGGUCCAUAGACGGCAGAGACCUAGUCCCCACACCCAUCUCCUCCCCAGGCAUCACCAAGGAGAAGAAGGAGGCUGACAACCGGAGGCAUGCUGCCGCUGCUGCCGCUGCUGCAGCCUACGCCACCCCGGCCUACGCCACCCCCAGCCCCCCAGCCUCUCCAGCCCCAGUGUCAAGGUCAGAUAGUGGGGUGGACAAGGUGGUGUCACAUCUAGCCAAUGUAGCUCAUAGCGUCCUGGGGCCCGUCAAACUAACCAUCCCCGGGGCCAAGGAGGCCUUUGAGAGAGCCAAAGACCAGAAUCAGAGACCCUCUGACCCACCUCACCCCAAGGCCAUACCUGACUCCCCCCUCACCGUCACCACCACUCCCCUCUCCCCCUCCACCUUCAGACACCCUGCCCCUCAGCCCCCGCCCCGCCUGUCCUCCCAGUCUCCUCCCAGGCAGCCCUCCUCCAAAACUGAGCCAGCUCCCCCUCCCCCUCCACAGAGGAGGCCUUCCCCUCCUAAAGACUGUACCCUGGCCCAGGGCACCCAGGACCCCAUGGAGAGGCCGGUGGUGGUGUUACGAGGCAGCGGGGAGACUGCACCAAGGAAGGCGCCCACCACCACACCCAACCAGACACCUACUGCAGCCUCAGAGCAGCACAAUAGGCCAGACCCCCUGGCCUCACAGAGACCCAGCCCAGCCUCCGCAGCCUCCACCCCGCAGGAUAAAACCAGCAGCAAGAAGACGUAGCAGAUAAGACACCCAUGAGAAUAGAGACUGCUUGAUGGAGAUUUGAAUCUUUAUCCACAGACAACUGCAUGUUUGGAAGAAAACAACAUUCUAAACUGUUUGCAACUCACUAAUCAUUAUCUGAGAGUAUAGCCAUCUGAUAGAUGGAGGGAGAGAGAGAGGGAGAGAUGGAGGGAGAGAUGGA